GACACCACUGGAUUGGUAAUCGGCUUUCCUGUCACUAUUAUUGCAAAACAAAAACAUCAAUCAGCAACGACUUCUAGAGAGAGCAGGUAUGAUCAUCCCUGAAUCAAGUUUUUGGCGGAUACUAACGUGCACACAAUGCCAUUAUGAUCACGGCCACAGCAAGAAGAAGAAAAACCGCAAACUACUCAACAGUCUGAGUACUGAUUUCUCGUAUAUCUCUAUAUACAGUAUAAACGACGAUCAGCGCCUGCUUGUCAGAAUCUCUCCUCUUCAGUCUCGAGACAGCUUCUGUUCUGCGUCAACUCACAGUUCUCUUCAAAGUCACAUGAUCAGGGUUCGGGGUCGACCAGGAAAUAUUCUCGAAUUGGGAGCAAUCAACUUCACGCGUAACUUACGCGCUCGACCAGCUACGACUCUUGAAAAGAGAAGAAGAAGAAGAGAAAACAAUGGAACCGGGUGGUUCGCCACCGAUAAAAAAGCGCCGGUUUUUCAAAGACGGCGGCGCGGCGGGUCUUGUGCCGGUCAACGACAGGUAUCUGCCCGAGAACGCAGACCUCGUCGCGCGCAAGUUUAUCGUCAAGAGCGAGAGCGAGAAUCAGCCGUCGUCGCCCGAUCGCGAGUCUGAACACAGGUCGCCGGCGUCGUCGGUGAAGCAUGAGACGCCUAUCUCGUCUCCGAAUAUGGAGGAUGGGAAGUUUGUUGCUGGUGAGAGAGGGGUGGAUGAGCAUGAUGUUAUAGAGGAAGAGGAGGACCGCGCGCAAUCGUUUGCUUCGGAGGAGAGCAUUGUGCCUGACGUGUCGUCCGGGCCUGAAAGCGAACUGACGAAUUCUUCUGGAUUUGACCGCGAGCUGAUAGCUUCACUGACAGGAAGCGAGCUGACCGACAACGAGUACGAAAUUUUAGACUCGCUCAGCAACGGCGAUAUGAACAGUGCUGUGAACGCGGUCUUUGACGGUACGCUUGCAAAGGAGCUGUCGCGGGUACGAGGGCAGCGUGUUUCUUCUGCUGUAAGAUUUGGGAACGACAAGGCUUCUGCAGAUAAAGACGACAAGUCUUCUGCAGUUAAAGAAAAGGAAACGGUUCUGGACGAUAAACGAUCAAAGCCAAAACACUCACGCAACUGGUCCAAGCGAUACAUCGGCAGUUUCCAAGUCGAAGGCUGGGCAACGCGAUCCGGCAAAGGUCUAAUCAGCUACGGCGAGACCAUCACGCUCAAGCGCAUCGCCCGCCAAGUCACCACUCUCGGCUCUGGCUCGAAGCGGUUCGGCAGCACGGCCAAGGCGGCCGAGAACGACACAAUGGUGAAGUUCACGAACGAAAAGGGGAUGGAGAUCGGGCGGUUGCCGACUGAUAAAGCGAGGUUCGUGAGCGCGAUGAUGGAUAUGAAAGUCUGCGAUUUCUCGGCCUCGUAUAUUUUCGCAAACGAGAAAUUGGCGCUCGGAGACGCAAUUUAUCUACAGAUCGACUGCUUCCUGCUCCGCGACGCUUUCGAUGUGAAUAUCGAGGAGCAAACCAUCCGACCAGGCUUCCACUUCAGCGCUUUCAAUCGCGGCCAGGAAGGACCUCAAGAACGUCUUCUUCGCGCGCGCCAACUUGCUCUUAUCAGACUGUUUAUGGACUGUGGCCUGAAACCUGUGCAAACCAAUGAUCUGAUCACAGCCCAUCAGGCUAGGGGUAAACUUGAAGCCGAGGCCAUGGCCGAGCAAUUUGACGUCAAGAUCGGCUCCGCGACGCCACCUGACAGCGAAGCCGAGGUUGGCUCAAGCGACGACGACGACAACAACAAAGCUAUCGAGCAGGACCAACUUGACACGCUCUACCGCAAGGCGCAGACGUAUGAUACAGAAAUGCCCGAGGUCGAGCCGAGCGACACAUUUAAUAUGGAGCUGCGGCCGUAUCAAAAGCAGGGACUAGGAUGGAUGAAGUCGAUGGAAACGCUCGACGCGGCUGAUUUUGGAAGACAGAUUGAGUCUAUGCAUCCGCUGUGGGAGGAAUAUAGGUGGUCUGUAUAUGGGGACGAGACGCCAGCUGAAAAACCUGAUGAUCGAUUCUACGUGAAUCCUUAUAGCGGCGAACUAAGUCUUGAAUUUCCAAAAAUGGAUCAGAAGAACCUGGGCGGAAUUCUCGCAGACGAGAUGGGUCUAGGAAAAACGAUUUCCACCAUGGCGUUGAUCCACUCCAAUCCAUCAACCGAAGCCGACCGGCAAACAAAGACGCCCGACCACCUCCGCACUUUUGCCGCAAACACAACCCUGAUCAUCGCCCCGAUGUCCCUCCUAACUCAAUGGGAAUCCGAAGCGCACGCUGCUUCAAAGCCAGGCUCGGUUCGCAUCAUUGUCUACUACGGCGGCGACCGCUCGAUCGACCUGCGGAACCUAUGCCUAGGCCCAGACGCUUGGAAGACUCCGGUGAUUAUCAUCACCAGCUACGGAACUCUGUCGGCUGAAUGGCAACGGUUCGAGAAAGGAUUAGGCAAUUCCCAGCUCUACCGGCUGCGAUACCUCCGCGUCGUUCUCGACGAGGCGCACACGAUCCGCAACCGCGCAUCGCUCAUCUCCCGCUCGUGCUGCGAAGUCAAAGCGGACCGCCGCUGGGCGCUAUCGGGCACGCCGAUCGUCAACCGGCUCGAGGAUCUGUACGCGCUGGUGAAGUUCCUUGGGAUAGAGCCGUGGAGCCAUUUCACGUUCUGGCGAACGUUCGUGACCACGCCGUACGAGUCGAAGGAUUACCUCAAGGCGUUGGACGUGGUGCAGACGAUUCUGGAGCCGAUCUUGCUGCGGAGGACAAAGUCGAUGAAGCAAAAGGACGGGACGCCGCUGGUGACGCUGCCGCCUAAGAACGUGUACAUUGAAAACAUCGAGCUGACCGAGACCGAGCGCGAGGUUUAUGAUUUGUUUUACCGCCGCGCGAAGCAGACGUUCACCAACAGUCUUGCCGCGGGGACGGUGAUGAAGUCGUACACGACCAUCUUUGCGCAGGUGCUCCGGCUGCGGCAGUCCUGUGAUCAUCCGUCGCUGGUGCAGUCUGCCGUGCGACCAGAGGAAGUCGAAGACGACAGCGACGAUGCGUCGGCCAAGUCGCAGCCGAAACAGAUCGGCGGGCUGCUUGAUUCCGAGGACGACGUAAGUCUGCAGCAGUUGAUUGGGAAGUUCAACGCGCAGGAGCAGGAGAUGAACGCAAAGGACGUGUACGGACUGGAAGUGAUGCAGCAGAUUUUGGAAGAGCAGGAUCGCGAAUGCCCGAUCUGCCUGGCCGAGCCGAUCGUCAACCCGGUCGUCACCUCGUGCUGGCACAUGUCCUGCUGCGACUGCAUAAUUUCACACAUCAAGUUUGAGAAAAACCGAGGCCAGGUCCCGAGAUGUCACAGCUGCCAGGCCGAGAUCAGCGAAGACCAGCUUUUUGAGGUCGUCACGCACUCGCCGCCGCCGUCCAGUACCAAUGCCGCCGCUCAAAAGCCGGAGAUUGCGCUGCGGCGGUACAAGCCUCAGUCGUCGGCGAAGAUUGCGAGUCUGAUGGCGAAGCUGAAGGCGAUCCGGGCCGAGGAGCCGAAUUGCAAGUCGGUCGUGUUUUCGCAGUUCACGUCAUUUCUCGACAUCAUCGAGCACUCGCUGCAGCGCGAGCGAUUCGAAUAUCUCCGUCUCGACGGCUCGACGCAGCAGAAAGACCGGGGAAAGAUUCUAGAGAAGUUCAAGAACGAGCCCCGCGAGAUGGUGCUCUUGCUCAGUCUCAAGACCGGCGGGGUGGGAUUAAACCUCGUGAGCGCGAAUAAGGCGUUUAUGAUGGAUCCGUGGUGGAGUUUUGCGGUCGAGUCGCAGGCGAUCGAUCGGAUUCAUAGGAUGGGGCAGACGCAGUCGGUGACGGUGUAUCGGUUUAUCGUGAAGGAUUCGGUGGAGGAACGGAUGCUGAAGAUUCAGGACCGGAAGAAGUUCUUGGCUUCUACGCUUGGGAUGAUGACUGACGAGCAAAAGAAGGCAAAGACUAUUGAGGACAUUAAAUUAUUGUUUGACUAGGUCAGCAUAAUGUAUACUACGACCAUCUACAUGCAGAAAACAGUCUUGAAACAUAAUCAAUUAACGGAUCAUACUAUUAACACAAGGAUUAAAAAAACAGUAGACAACGCGCACCAAUCCAAUGAGAUUCGUCAAAAAGCAGGGAGAUAAGUUACUAGACGAGCAACCGACGAUGAAAAUGACUAAACGGCAGAAAACAAUCGACAAAAGCACGCUAUAUAUAGAGAACAUACGACAAGAAAGAUAAAAAAAUAAUUAAAAAAAUAA